AUGUUUGUAUUCUACAUUGCGUUUUCCUUCAUCAUACUAUGUCUCCAACAGGAACCUUCCCACGGAGCGGUUAAAAUCAUUGAAUCCAAAAUGUACAUCCAAAAGUUAUUGAAAAGGGUCGUGGAAAUGCUUGAAAUGAGAUAUUUAUCCAAUGACCUACCAAUUGAGGAUUAUAUAGCUCCAAUCAAUAUUUCAGCAUCGGGAAUCAAUCUUGUGGGUAAUGUAUCAUUUCAUUCGGGAUUCGUAGCCCGAAUUGGAUCAAUCGAAUGGAAGACAGAACUGAUAUCCGAAGUUUUGCUAAGCACAGAGAUGCAAGUUAACACAGACGUAUUUUGGUACAACAUAGGAGUUGUUAUUGAUUUCUAUGCCGAACUGGAAGGAUAUCGAGGUCCUGGAACUUUAUUGGUAACCUUUGAUCAGUUCCGACUGCCACUGAAGACGGCGCGAGUUUUUGAAACGGGUCAUUUGUCAGGAAGUCUAAUCUUUGAAAGUAUUGGAAGUCAGAAUAAUAUUGUAAUUGUCGGACAUCCAAAUGACGCAUACGUACAGAUGAUCGCACGAGCGAUCAAUACAAAUUUUGACUUUCGGAGAGGUCUGACUGCAUCAUUCGAUCGAUGGAAUUUUCAGAAUGUUUUAGCUGCUGCUAUGCAAGAAAUUCCAUAUCCGGACGUAUGUUACAACUGCUGA